UGAUGUUGGAUUAUUUGAAAUCUUGUUAAGCCAAAAAUGUUCUUUUCGAGACGAUUAUUACAAAAUAUGCGAUAAGUUUCAAUUUCAUACACGAGUGUGUCGAGUAUGCGUUAUCGGCGAUCGAGCCUAAUGAUACGAGAGUUGCAUUCAUGUGGGUUAGAUAAGGGUGGACCACCCUCAUAUAUGAGUGGGCAUCUUUUCUUCGAAGGUUCUGCGGCAAAAAAAGGGCGAGCACGAACUGAUGCAAGGGACGCGGGGGCAAUGAAGUUUUCUUUCCUUUUUCUCCCGUUUCUCUUCUCUUCUUUUUUCUUUUGGUAAAUCAGAUGCAGCCUCUCCUCUCACCUCUCCCAAACGCGGAGCGCAACAGUUGGCGAGGAGGAAACAUCUGUCGGUCGCAGCGCAUGCGUAUCCUUCAGGUAAAAACCUGAAGGGGUUCAGGGAUUCUCAAAUUUUUGGAAAUUGUACUCGCGAAUAUUGGACCACAUAAAAAAUGAAGCUGAUACUCUCAACAAAAAGUAACAUUAGGCGUACGAUACAAACCCGUCGUGCAGAUAGAAAGCUGAAUUUAAAUUAUAUAUAAUUUAUUGCAGUUUACAAACUGAUUAAAAGUUUCUACUAAGUAUAGAGAGAUACAUUCUUAUAUAUUUGUUAAAACUUUGGUUCUGAAGAUUAAGAAAGUACAACUAUAACGCAGCGAAACACGUGACGCGCGAAGCAUUUUGAAAUUGGGCUGCUUUGUCCAACUCGUGGUGGUGUUUUAUUAGAACUACUCCCUUCAUCUAUCUAUAUCUAGCGAUAUAACUUUAGAAGCGACACGCUCGAGAAUUAGAGCUGGGAUGAUGUUGACAAAGUGCGGCAGCGUUUUGGAUUUUCGGCCAACGUAACGGAGACGGUUGAAACGCGUUGUGUUUGUCAUCGUAGAACGAUCUCGCUGGAGAGGGAUGUGUUCCGUUAAUUCACAUUCGUCGAAUUACGACACUAGAAAUCUCGUACGAUAUUUCUUUUUGUCAUGUUUAACUUACGGUAUAAAAAGUAUACCAGGAGAGCAGUAAAAUAUAGGAAGUACAUUCUCGUUUAACAUUCGGAAGAUAUUUUGUCACUUAAAAUUGAAACGCUCGAAAUUAGAAAAUGUUGAAACGCAUCUCUUCUCAUAAUUGUCAUUGAUUCAGUUUCGAUAUAAAUUACACCCCAAGCUGUAUCGUUCGCGACGUUUAAAAAUAUUUACAGUCCAGUUAAACGUAUUUCGCUACAGUUACGCUCAUCGUUAAAAUUAAAUUUUCUCCCAUUUGUACAAAACCUUGUAAUUUACAUGCAUAAUUGACCACUUUAUACUUCUCAGGGUAUCUCCUCUCAAACUUCUUGACAUCUGCGAGACACGUAUGUUGAAAAGUUUGUUCGACAAGUACCAGUUGAGAAAGUUCAGGACUAACUUAUGCCGCGUCAUUUAUUUAGCCAUCUUGAGGGCUUCGCAUGACUCACGCCGAAAUUACACGUCCAUUUUCGCAGGCGAAGGGUGCCGCGGAACACCCUUCAUUGUGUGCACAUCGGCCGCGCUAUACGUAUAAUCAUAUGCCCUUAUAUCGAUUCUAAUGUAAAUGCACCGUUCACCUGAGUUUUUCGUUAGUCAUAAACGCGGUACUCAGCCGGAUCAAAGCCGGUUUGUUAUGUUAUCAAAUGGCCCUCGUAAUUUUGUUUUUUCUUCGUCGCUCAAUUGAAUUCACUCAAUUCAAUUUAAUGGACAAAAAAAUUAUUCCCAUCAUGAAGUCCUCAUCAUUAAGUUGACUGCGUUAUGUGGAGAAAAGAAACUAUGAAUUCCUCGUCAUUUUUGAUUAAGCUAUUGUAACAGUAAUUAGCACUUUUGAUUGGAAAAAAAAAAUAGAAACUCUUUAUUUUACAUCAAGAUUAUAAGUGUCGCAUUAAACUUUUCAAGAUUUCAAAGUUGUACAUAUAUCUUCAUAUAAAUAUUUAAACAAAAUGGCAGAUGAUAGAAGAGAUUAUUAACAAUUUGAAUAUUCCUGUGCCUAUGUGAAACGUAUUUCUUAUUAUACUUUAUUGAUUCUAAAUGACAAUAAAAUUAUGUUUAAAUAUAAUUUUGAAAAAGUUGAAUUCAACUUUUCUUUGCGUUUCCAUUUAAGUGUGUGUAAAUUCUUGUGAAUAUACAUAAGUGCGCGUGUCAAUGCCAUUAAGCCAGAUAAUCACGCGACUUCCACAGGAAACGUUCGAAACUCGUGAUCAAACGCAAAAACCAAGAAAAUGACACGUCUUCGCCGCAACGAGAAACGAGUUGGGCCAAGCAAACCGCAAUAUAUUCACACUUUGCGAAAAGGACCUUUGAACGUAGGAUUACGUGCGAAGUUCUGCGAACUUAUAUAAGUAAGCAGGUGUAUUUUUUUCUUCUCUUUUUGAAUUCGCGGUUACUCCUUGGCAAUUUAAUCAGCCGACAGAUUUUUCUCAUUUCCGCAACGCGGCGGUUUUUGUUACGAAACAAAUAAUCCUAACCAGUUUCCAAUUUUGACAAUUAAAAUGUGUUUUUACCAGAACAAUCGCAAUUUUCUCUACCAUUAUUUUUGCAUUUUUAUACAUAUACAUAUAUGCUAACGUUUUAUCACAGUUUUUAUCAUGUAAUUAUUACAGCUCUAUAAUAUCAUCACAACGUGCUUUAUUCCCGGAAAACCGGAUAUGCGAUAUUUAUUAUUUCUAUUUCUAUAGGCUUGUAUCCGUUGCAUAAAUACCUUUGCGAUGGAGAAGAGACAGAUGGUGUUAUAUAGGUAUCAAGUUUCCUCAGCUGGCCCGUUUUAUUCUACUAGAUGUCAAGGUCCUUGAUGUUCCGAACGGAACUUCCGAUUUGGAAAUUGGAUAAGCGCGGAAGUAAGUAGGUCGCGUUGGAACUAUUCUCGCGCGUAAUGAAUCCUUCGAGGUUCAUUUAUUUAUAAGUGAGACUCCUGAGAACGUUGUGCAAUGAAGUACUCUUCGUGGGAAAUAGAAUACUAUUAACCUCCGUGCUCAAUGAGAUUACGGAAUUUUGUUGCUUGGUAAAUAUGAAUGAAAAAGGGCGAAUAAUCGAAGAAGACGUGGACUUUCUUUUUAAAAAUUGCGCGAAUGCUCUUUUUUAAUUAUUAUAUUUCUUCGAAGUCUUGGAAUGAUUCUUAUAUAAUUUUAAUCUUACAUUAUUAUAUGAAAUGCAAGCGAAUCGAUAUUCAUCCUUCUGGAAUUUGAAAGGAAUCGCACAUAAUGUUUUCAGUUGUACUUAAAACGUAAUUUUUUGUUUCAAUGUUCCGCAAAUAUAAAAAUUGAUACUGUUCUCUUUAAGACAUCAGCUCUAAAUAUUAUAAAAAAACUGUCGAGAUUCUUUAUCAGAAGCUUUAUCAAAGCUUUAUUAGAAAUAGAUCGAAGCAGAGACGAAGCGUUGCGAAAAUCCAGAGAUGAUUUUGAGAGACACUGCAUAUCUGUGCCGAGCGCCACGCGACCGGGUCGUCCGGUCGGGCCGGGUGCCGGGUGUUGCUGAAAUCAACGUGGUGGGGUUCCUUCGACGAGCCUACGACCAGAGCCUUAUGCCUUCAGUCGACUCUCGGCUCUCACUGCGACUCGAGCUGGCUGAGAUUACAUUAAUUGAGUAUCGAGCAGCCCGAAAACGCGCCUGGACACUUCAGGUGCGGGGCCAUCCGUCGCAUUGAAUAGAAGAAAUAAUAGCAACAACAACGAGGAGAGAGGAGGAGGAAGAGCAGGUUUGCAGAGUUCUCCAAUUACGUCAUACACUUAGCGACUCGGGUAAACGCUCCCCGCGUGGGAUCACAUAAAAUCUCGUAAAAGAUAAAAUUGCAUCGAAGAGGCUUAUCGAAAGGAAGUGAAGGGAGUCGAAGAAGUAGUGGUGGGGUAAAAAGUGUUCUAUCGCGACUCCUCGAGCAGUACGAUCGAGACCUAGCGCGAGUCGACAACCGAUUGCGACUAACCAAGUCCGGUUACUAUUCCAGUCCAAUUCAGAUCGAUCACCUCAACGAUUUCGAAGCCCACCCACUGUGCCGUACGAUUAGCUAAUAACGUAGGUGUUUGCAUGAAAAAGAGAAAAACAGAAAGAUCUGAAAGGAGACAUCGAAAACCGAACACUUAAAGGUAAUAGAAACAGAACGGACGCUCGAAGCAAAGGGGAUCAGCCAGGUUCGCAGAGAGUACGGUUGGGGCCGAAGGUUAAAUAGAUGCAGGAGUCUGCAGACGGCGCCAUCGUACUUGGCCGAGAAAAAAACGUUCGGAAGCAACUUGCGUGAAGGACAUUUUCUGAUCGAACGAAUUGUGCUCGUGAAUUCUGAUUGUUUUAUAAUAUCAGUAAGAAAAUCUUUCUUCCACAAAAAAAUUGUGCUGGAAAAACAUGAAUUCAAUUCCAAUUCAAAUAAGUUUUACUUAGUCACUGUCGAUAACAAUUGCAGCGUGCGAACAUUUUCGACAAAUAUUCGCGAGUGCUCGAAAUUCGAUUGAAAUUGAUUAGUAAUUGAUUCUGCUGUUUAAAAGACUGAAGUUGAAGAACCUUCUUAAACUUUACGGUGCUAAAUCCUAGAGAAAGUCCAUCUGGUGACUUAAGAAAUAAUACAUUCGCAAAUGAUUAAUUAUAUUUAAGACGCGUUAGUCUUUGCGAUUUUGAAGAACGAGAGAUCUCGUGCGAUAGUUUGGACACAUUCGAUUUCGCUUGGAUGACGCCAGCGGGAAUCUAAUAAGGUUUCGGUAGCUUAAUCGGGACGACAUCGCGAGCAUGUUGUGCGGCACAUUUAAGAAGAGAAGCAGGCACUCGGGGGAUGAGUAUCGGUUGGUUAGAUCGAACACCAUGCCGAGAAUAGUGUCGGGACCCAGGGACGUCAGCGUGAUGUCUGUGCGGAGAACGAAGUCCACGAGGAUCGCCGCUCGACCCUUGCUGAUCAAGGACCAACUGCAUACGGGUCUUGAAAAUGUGAGCUCGGCGACUCUCAGGCCCUUUAACUCGGACAUCAACACACCGAGGAUCGACAGCUACAGGUUCUCCAUGGCGAAUCUCGAAGAUUCCCAGGAUGUCGACCUGGAUGCGAUCCUCGGUGAAUUGUGCGCCUUGGAGCGACGUUGCGACGGCGACAUCGCUGCCACUCCCGCGCCAGAUUCACAAAGGCCAGGACGACCCACCAGUGCAAGGAUCAAUCCAAGCGACAACACUGACAUCAAAAAUGAAGGGGGUAUACGCACUGAUAGUCCCGAUAACGACAGUGCAUUCUCGGACACGGUGUCUAUGCUGUCUAGCGAAAGUUCGGCGAGUAGUAGCGGUUCCGGACACAAACCACCUCAGACCGCCAUGCACACAGCUCCUCAGCAGCAACCACACCAACUUGUUGAUGCAGCGAGCAGAGCAAAGGCAGAGAAGAUCCGCCUGGCGUUGGAAAAGAUGCGCGAGGCGAGCGUACAGAAGCUCUUCAUCAAAGCGUUUACGUUGGAUGGCAGCGGUAAAAGCCUCCUGGUCGACGAAGGGAUGAGCGUCGCGCACGUGUGUAGGUUGCUCGCGGACAAAAACCACGUGCCAAUGGAUCCGAAGUGGGCCGUGGUCGAACACUUACCCGAUCUCUUCAUGGAGAGAGUUUACGAGGAUCACGAACUGUUGGUGGAGAAUCUUUUGCUAUGGACCAGGGACUCCAAAAACAAGUUGCUCUUCGUCGAGAGACCGGAUAAAACACAGCUAUUUCUCACGCCCGAGCGAUUUCUUCUCGGUCCCACAGAUCGCGGCGGUGGCGAGUACGACGACCACUCGAGAAAUAUCCUACUAGAGGAGUUCUUUUCGAGUAGUAAUGUCGGUGUACCCGAGGUCGAGGGUCCGCUGUACUUGAAAUCAGACAGUAAGAAGGGCUGGAAGAGGUAUCACUUCAUCUUACGAGCCUCCGGUCUUUAUUACUGGCCGAAGGAGAAGGCGCGCACCGCUCGAGACCUCGUCUGUCUAGCAACCUUCGACGUCAAUCAGGUUUAUUAUGGCGUUGGUUGGCGGAAAAAAUACAAGGCUCCUACCGACUUUUGCUUCGCCGUGAAGCAUCCACGGUUGCAACAACCCAAAUCCACCAAGUACAUCAAGUUCCUUUGCGCGGAGGACAAUGCGUCCUUGGAGCGAUGGAUGGUUGGCAUUCGCGUAGCGAAGUACGGUAGGCAGCUGAUGGAGAACUAUCGGGCGCUCGUGGACGAACUGGCACAGGAAGACCUGGACUUGUUAGCACACGCCAGAUCGUGCUCGGUCAGUUCUAUUGCUACGCCACCGAAUCAGACCCAGUAUAACACGACAAAUGAUAACGCCAGACAGUUCGCGGAGAACACAAGGCAUAGUAAUGAAACGGUAAUCGCCACGACAAGACAAUACGAUGGUCAGAGACAAAGUUAUAAUCCGGAACAACGGCAGAGCUACAAUAACGAUGGCAGGCUGAGCAGAGCGAGCAGCUCCAGCUCUAGUGGAUGCCUGUCUGACGGGGCACCUAGUAGUUGUGAGGUGGCCUUCGAAUGCGGUGAGUUCCCAACCGGCACAAUAAAGCGAAAACCGUCUAUGAAUCCGAAAUUACCUCUUACGUCAAUUACGAGGCAAUUGAAGGAAGUCGGUGAAACUGUUCGAGACGAGCCGGACUCCUGUCCAAGUCCGACGAGUUCAGGAUCCAGCACACUAACUAGAAGGCACAGUCGUCGGCGAAGUGGCACUGAUUCCGAUGGAUCCGGAACCUUGAAAAGACAUCACAGAUCUGGAAACGCGACGCCCGUCAGUCCGGUACCACCUGGCACGCCGGUGAGGGAGAGAGCGAGCCCUAUGGGAUACAGCAGAUCAGAGAAUCAAGAUUCGAAGACACCGACGAGUCCGAUACAACCGUGCAUGAUGGAUUCGAUUACCUCGCUGCCACCACCACCGUCGCCUUCGAGAGUCGCUGAAGAAAUCGAGUCUGACAGCGAGCCGCUUCCACCACCACCACCCGAAAUGUUCCGAUCGAAUCUCUCGCUGGACUCUUUGCCACCGCCACCGGCGCCCGGUGAACUUCCGGUUUGCAACACUCCGGAGCUCACUGGCUCCUCGUUGAGUCUCGCAUCUCUGCCGCCUCCACCCAGUCCGCUUGUCGGCGAAACCGGAACGAUACGUCGCGCUAGACCUAAGCAGUCCACCCCUACAAAUUCUGUAACUCCUGAGAGCACUCCCACGCAUACUCCCAAUCCCAGGUCGCAAUCUAAUCAAAUGUACACAAAUAGUAUUGCGUUGAACAGCAACUCGAUCCAGAAUUACAAUUCAAACGCAUCUUCAAACGUUCAUAAUAUGAACAACACCGCCAAUUCCGUAUCCUCUCCGCACAGUUCCUAUCCAGGAUCGACGGCGAGCACGCCGACCUAUACUCCGACCUCGCCUAAUUUCACAUCGCCACCGCCCUUCGUACCGCCACCGGCUUACGGCACUCAGCCGCCACUCACCAAUUCCCAGAGCCUCCCAUGCCGGCAGAAUUCCAAAGUUGAAUCGAUAUAUCAGACCGGUCACCAUAACACGAUUCAACCGAUCAGGCCGAAUCCUAAUAUGGACACCGUCCGACGUAGCGCUAUGAAACAAGGAACUGGUCACUAUGCAGCGCCGCCUUAUCUGGCCGAGUUGAAGGCCGCUUCCAGUCCGCAGCCGCAACGACGAGUGACUAUCCAAGAACCACCGACGUCGCCCAAGUCAAAAACCGGAACUGGCAAAAAGAUCUCAUUCAAUCUACCGCCUCAACAGGAACCUGGUAGUCCCGCGUUGCCGCAACGAAAGCCGACGCCACCUAGAAGGUCUGACAGCACUAGGCUUACAUCGCCAAAGAAAUUAGCGGCAUCUGAUCAAGCGCCGCCGGGUGAUUUCCUCAAGGAUCUCCAGAGAGUGAUGAGGAAGAAGUGGCAGGUUGCACAGAAAUGCAAGCUAGACUCGACGACAACGCCGCACGAAGUGCUCGGAUUCCGAGACCCGCCGCCCGCUGUGGCUGAUUAUAGGGAGACCAAUGUGUCCAAUUGGGUACAGGAACACUAUGGCGCAGAUAACUUGUACGAAAAUGUAUACGCGACGGAUCCUAAUGGGCCGGUCGAGUAUGCAUCUAGCCCAGCCAGGCAAACGACGGUGAGGUUCGCCGAUGAGAAUCGUAGCAUGAAUAUCGUCAAUGCGAUUGCUGGAAAGAGACGACCGCCACCACCACCGCCCAAGAGGGCCGAGACUACGCAUCUCACCACCACCAGAGCAAUGCACUGACAAUAGCAGAUAAUCCAGCCCCAUCCCGAGAGGCGAUGGUACUGCUGUCUCUGCGGUUGGUGGAAAGAGUGAGAACGGAGACAGAGGACGGUUCCAUCGACGCGACGAUUCGUCACUGUUCCAGGAUGUCGGAUACAUCGAGUCCAUCGCUCCAGCUUGUUAGGGAGAAGCCCUGUCAUCAAUGGGAGAAAAGAAAUGUUUUUCCGGUAAACUUAUAUAGUUUUGUUACCGGACUCUGUGCUGGAUCUUGAGAAUCAAAUGAGAAGUUGAAAGAAAAGAAUUGGAUGUGCGCACAUGGAAAUUAAAAAGAAAAUAUAUUCUGGAUGGUUCUCUUUAGUUUUGGAAAAAAACUAGAUUAACGUAGAAUCCUAUCUACGUUCAAUGAGAAGGAAUCGUUCAAAAUACCAACAAUGAAAUUACGAAAAACGAGGUUAUCAUGACAAAUUACAUGUGCAAGAGCAUAAAUGUUGACGAACCGUCCUCACCGGAAGUUCUUGACCUGCGUAACGCAAUAGCCGUUUGGAGCUGAAUACGAACAGGAAGAUAACUAACGUAAACGCUCUUUUGAAUCGAGCAACGAACUAAAUUGAAUUCGAGCCCGCGACAGAGAUUCGAUGGCGUUAUGGCCGAUCAACAUAAGGAACACUGCCGCACAUACGAAGGAUGUGAUAUAAAUCUUAAGCACCAUACCCAAGCUCUUCCGCGAUUUGAAGAUCGCGUGAGGAAGAAAAGGAGGCGAUGAGAAGCAACGCGACGCAACAAAACGCACGAUUUUUUUUAGGCAGAAUGUAGGGACUAAUUAACAAUUUUAUGCAGAAUCGAGAGUUCUGCUUGCGCGCAAAUUUUAUAACCGCUAACUGCCUCGUCUGCGAUUUUCUCAAAUAUACUUGGAUGUGAUAAAUAAUAUAAAAUAAAAAUAUAUAUAUGUGCAAAUAAUCUGUUGAAGUAUUCUCAAGUUUGAUUCGAAGAAAUAAUCAAUCGGUCAAAUAAUAAUCAUGUUCGAAUAUAAUUUUUAAUAAUUUUGCAAAACCGACUUUUAAUAAUAAAAAAAAAAAACAAGAUUCAUUUGGCAUUUGCUUAAAAAAAAAUAUUGCUUCAAAAGUAUCGCAAAAAUAUUUUACAAUAAUAUACUUUAAUAAUAAAAAUGAGAAUAUAAGAAUGUAAUAUAUAUAUAAAUACAUUAUAUAUUUUUCAUCUCGAGUUUUCGCUUACUUCUUGAAUUUUUCGAAAUAAAAAGCUUGAUGAUUCGGACUGUAUUCCUAAAGAGUAUGAUAACGAAAGAAAUGCAUAUUCUGUAACGUAUAAACCGCAGCGCUCGAGAAAGUCGCGAAGCAAAAUUGAUCUCAGCUCGAACUGGAAGUGACCCUUUUCGCAGCACAAGUGUUGUUUCAACGGUUUCAAAGAAGAUUAACAUUGUCGGACGUCUUCUAUGCGACUAGAGGGUCCUUUGCGAUCACAUCCUUGUGCAUAGGUAUAUAUGUAUAUAAACUGAGUAUAUACGCGCGUUUACAUCGCUAUAUCGACUUGGAUGCUAUAUGUGUAGUUGUAUUAUACAAUCGAAACGCGCUUCACGAUGACGGGAUUUACGGUUGUCCGUUGUUUGUACGUUCAUCGACUGUGCUCGAUCGAACUAUGUGACGAUAACUUUUCUCGCUCGUUGUCGAAGCAAACUGCGCGUGACGCCUCGUAAAACGAGGACGCGAGAUCUCGUUUAUGCCAUUUUCCGUUUCUUUUUCGUUCGAUAACGGAGGGAAAUUCAGACUGACGACGUCAUUCUGAAAACCAAGCGGAUCAAAUGAGAAUAAUGUCGAAAUUCUCGUCGAGUCUCCGAUGUACCGGCUAAACUCUGGAGACUAGAUAGAUAAUAACAAAUUUUUUGGAUACUUUAAAUGAAGCUGUCGAGAGAAACGCACGAAUGUGCUAGUUAUACGUAUACCCGUUUAUCUUGGCGAUUUGCUUAACUCCUCUUAUUUCAAGUAUCCAAUUUCUAGAAUUAGACCAAAAAAAAAAAUGCGAUCCAGAUACGUGCGGUCAUCUCACAUCGCCGACCAGAGGAGAGAAAAGCGAAAUAUGCGUCGAGCGAUCGCGAAGAUCGUCGCGCUAGCCAAUGACGAGGAACAAUAUUGUGCGUAGCUUCCCGUUUGUGAUCAUCAAUGGAAUCUUCAGCAACGACUAGCCGAGCCUUUUCAAGGUCGCGUAGCUGAUGUAGUUUUAUAUCUCGAUUUGUAUCGCAUUUGCAUGACUUACAUGUGAAAGUUAACGACUCUUCGGAUUUACGGAGCAUGUGUAUCGUCAAAUUUUUAUAUACGAAAUCUGUAGCCACUCGAGAAAGCGCGUUCGUGCGAUAUUCAACCCGUAGAAAGUAUUUUGUAAGACCACAAAUUUUGAUACAGAAAUAUUUCGCCGUAGUUGUACGCGAAUAUAUGGGUAGAAAACUACAAGGCUCAGCAUUACGAGUAUUAUAGUUUGUUGACCAAAGUUUUCGAGCCGAUCAAUCAUUUCCAAUUUUUAACUCUUCGAUAUUUCCAACUGUCCAAGAAGAUCAUAGUUACAAUAGUCUCUCCAUCUUUCUAAAAUCCAUGUUGCGUGUGUGCGGGAUACUAUUGCAAGUGACUUGUCGACCCGCCUUGGGUAGUCACUUUUAAUUCAUCAUCACUCACGUUUCUAAUUUUCUAAAAAGAAUAUUCACGCCGUGCCUGCGCGCGAGAAUUUUUCCAAUUUACUAAAAAACAAAAAGGAAGAAAAUGCCGUGUGUGUCUGUGCGUGAGCAUUUACCAAUUUUAUAAAGAAUUCGCGUCGUUUUUUAAUGCGCCACCGUACAAUUUUUACGAUUUUCACGCCGUGCCUGUGCGCGAAAAUUUUCCCAAUUUUCAAGGAGAUCCGCACGAUCUCGCACCGGAACGUGCUCUCUCGAGCGAGCGCCAUAAGCGAGCACGAAUCUGUAUUGUUAUACACAAUCGAAUUACUUAAUAAUAAUAGCUAAAGACUAACUUAAAGUGGAACCGUUGAUGUCGAUUUAACUAUAUCCCCGCCUUACGCGCGGUUUAAUCAAACUGAACCAAUAAUAUAAAUACAUUUUUGAGACUAAUAUAUCGACUUUACAGAGAUUAAUUACAGAGACUUUUUCAUACGGAUUUCUAAAAUAUACUUCCCGCGAGUACGAUUACCAGUGUCUCCACGCUUCAAAUGCGACCCGCGAAAUCUCAUUCUUCAAAUUUAUCGAAAACAUUUCGACGGUCAAUUUUAUAUUUAUCAGGAUUUUAUAUUUCGUUUUCAUUUUGUCUUUUUUUUAAAUGUAAUUUUAUUUCCAUCCUGAUUUGAGAUGAACUCGUUUCUUUACUAGCGCUGCAAUAAUUUUUUUAUUUAAUAUUCUGAUGUAAUUUUGUAUUUUUCUUUACGUUAAAUAAGUUUCCACGAAUUCGUUGCGCGAUCACGUCGCCGACUAUUCCAAGUAAACUGAAAGAGGGACUGGUACGGGACUCGUUGGGAAUGCUGGCGCGUGCCGAGAUGAAAACUUCUUUUGUAUCUAUAUUCCUUAAGGAACUUUCGCCGAGCUGAACACUCCAGGCAAUCUGUGUAGGUAGCUUAGUAUUCGAUGUACGCGUACUGCCCGUCGCUUAAUUUUCAUGGGAUGGAUGAGUUAAUCGACCGUCCACUUCCAGCGAACAAUAAUUUGAUUGAAGCUUUCGUGUUAAGAUUAGUGCAAUCGGCAAGUGGAACUUGUAGGGGACGAAGGCACAGCAAUGAUUAUAUCGGUUACUAACAGAAAAAUUAUAAUAUUUUGAUUAUUGUAUUUAAAGGGUCGGCUUAUAGAAGAUUAAUCAAUUAUAGAAGUUUACGAAAUCAAGCGAAAUGCGUUUUCCUUCACUGUAACAAUUUUCAUGAGUUGGUUUAUGCUAAUGAAAAAAAUGUAUUUUUUCUCGCAUUAAAAAACAUUUGUAUAAGAAUAGGAGGGAGCGUUUUGAGCCGGCCCUGUUUUCAAUAAAUACUUUAAGUUGUUCGUAUAUUUCUGUACAUAUUGUAACGAAUGGUAUCACGAGAAGAAAUUAUUGUCGGUGAUGUCGCGCGGCUGAACAAUGAUACAAACGUGUUUACACUGUUUGCGAGAAGUGAAGUGAAGAUGAAACGAAAGCAAGCCUUCGAAGACUUUGAAAGAAAUACGAAUCUUGCGAAGAUGGGGCUUCACUGUGUUUCGUUUGAUUUAAUUGUUUCGGCUCGAGAAGAUCGCUUCGGUCAUUUAUCGCGAGGACGAGGGACCUCGGACGCUGCGUUCGCAUCGCUGUCAGAUCGAUUCGAUGUAGCUUAACAGUUAGACUUUAGGUCGUAUCGCAGGUUGUUUCGGAUACACUUUGUGCAGGUGUGUUUAAAAAAAAUUGUGACAAUACUGACAUUAUUUCGUGACCCGACGCCAGUUGUUUAGGUAUAACGCGUACCGAGCGAACAAAGAAAUGCGCAGCAGUUGAAAUAUUAUAGGUAUUAUAUUCAUGUUUUUAUGUAAAUAAAUUUUUGGUAUAUUUCAA